UAUAAUAUAUAAUUUUUGACUUUAAUAUCCUUUAAACUUGCAUUGAAUGUUUAUCAUGUUUUAUGAAUUUUGGAAAUGUAUCGUGCAAAUCAAAAUGGACAGCAGCAAAGAGCAAAUGUUGAACCAAUACAUCAAAAUCGAAUUAAUGGAAGACAGCCUUCACCCAUAAAUGUUCCAAUGUCAGUUUCAGAACAGUUUAGAGAAUCAUGGUUAACUGCUAUUAUUGGAUCUAUUUUGUUUGCGACUGGCAUGUGCCUGUUGUUUUGGAACGAAGGAAGGGCUGUAAAAGUAGCAUACUCUUUAGACGAAGCCUUACGGAAUGUAGCAGUGCUUUCAAAUCCAUUUAAAUUAUUACCCGAGUUUGAAGGUCGUUUAAUACAUAUUUCAGGAUCAUUAUCCAUAUCAGAGCCAUUGACUGAACCUGAUUAUGGUAUUAUUGUGUCAAGUGUUAAAUUAAAAAGAAGAGUACAGAUGUAUCAAUGGGUCGAAAUCGAAGAAGAAAGAAGUUUUGGUGGUGUAACGGAAGAAGAGAAACAUUAUUAUUAUACGACAGAAUGGAAGGAUAAGCUUGUAGAUUCUGAUCAUUUUUAUAUCAGAACUGGACACCAUAAUCCAAAAGAAAUGCCAAUCAAAAGUCAAAUACAGAUUGCUAAUGAAGUUAAAAUUGGAGCCUUUAUUCUUGGAUCAGAAUUAAAGAAGAAAUUUAAUGAAUUUGUUGAGAUUACUAGCGACGAGAGACCAGAACGUAAAGAUAUCAAAAUGCAUUCUGGCCUGUAUUAUCAUAGCGCUGAUUUGUGGAAUCCUCAGGUGGGAGACAUUAGAAUACAAUUUUCUUAUGCAGGUAAACAAGGUGAUAUUUACUCUAUCGUUGGCAUGAUGGAGAAAGGAAUUAUUGUUCCUUAUACCACAUCACACGGGGAAGAUAUUUUACUUCAAAGGAAACACAAAAUGACGGUAGAUCAAAUGUUUCACUUGGAACAUGUGCACAAUUACUGGAGAACUUGGAGUAUCAGAGGACUAGGCUGGUUAGUUCUAUUUUUGGCAGCAACUUGUUUGGCAAAUAUAUUGAGGACCGUGAUACUUAAUUCAACAUUCUUAUGUGGAAUAAUAGCAAUUGAGUCAUUAACAAUGUCCGUUUCCAUGUCCAUUAGUUUAUUAGUAAUUGGUUUUGCAUGGGUGUGGUAUCGGCCGGUAAUUGGCCUUUGCUUAGCUUUAGCUUCGAUUUUACCAUUUAUUUAUUCAACUUUAAUAGCAGGAUCACAAUCGCAACAACGUGAUAAUUACAGAAGAUUGUAGUCUUAUGUCAGGAG